AUGACAUCAUGGCAACCGAAUCAAGAAGAACUUACGCAGGACUUUGCUAGAACUUUCCUUGCAUUUAAAUUUGUACUUACUCAGGUUCUGCAUUUGUUGCAUCAUUCUCAGUCGACAGACACAGUGGUGCAACGAAAUGUGCAGCAACAACUCGACAUGCUCAAUGGUCAUCAAUCAUUUUGCUGCUAUCUUGUACACAUUCUUAGUGGUAUGAAAGAAGAGCAAGAGGCUAGCAGAUCUCUUGCUGGAUUGAUAUUGAAAAAUAAUGUGCGAUCGCAAUGGUCGAAAUAUCCAGAUGAGGUGCGAGAGUUCGUAAAGACAAAUACGUUAGCUAGUAUAGCUGAUCCAAGUCCGUUAAUUCGUGCUACAGUCGGUAUAGUAGUAACCACGAUAGUCGUGGAAGAGAAUGGCGUUGGUCACUGGCCGACACUAUUGCCUUACCUAGGACAUCUUCUCGAUCAACCGGAUCCGAACAUGCAAGAGGGUUCGAUGGGGGCGAUUCAAAAGAUUUUUGAAGACUCUGGAGACCGGCUAGAUACUGAACAACAUGUGCAUCCACUAAUGCCGAAGAUUUUGUCAUUCUUCAGCUCGGAGAGCCCUAAGAUGAGAGGGUUGGCAAUGAAUUCGGUAAACAGCAUCCUGAUGAUAAAUAACGAUCCAAUCAAUGCAGUGAUUGAUGACUUCUUACAACAGCUCUUCGGUCGGGCGCAUGAUCAGGACUCGGAAGUCCAAAAGCAACUUUGCCGAUCGUUGACUCUUUUGUUGGAUAGUCAUUUUGAGAAGUUAGCACCCCAUCUCCCAAAUGUUAUCGAUUACAUCAUCAUGAAAACUCAGGAUGCAAACGAGAAUAUCGCUGUUGAAGCAUGCGAGUUCUGGUUAUCUUUGGCUGAAAACUCCGACGUCUGCAAAGAGUUGCUUUCACCUUUCCUUGGGAAACUCGUUCCGGUGCUCAUUAAGUGUAUGCGGUAUUCGGAAAGUGACAUUAUUGCUCUAAAGGGAAAUUGCGAUGAGGAAGACGCAAUGAUACCGGAUCGAGACGAAGACAUCAAGCCGCGGUUCCACAAGUCCAAACUUGCUGCAGGGCAACUGAACGGUGAAGUGAGUUUCGAAAAAACACGACGUUGCUCUGCAGCUUCUUUGGAUGUGUUGGCCUCGAUAUUCAAACAGGAGUUAUUACCAAUACUUCUUCCAAUUCUUAAAGAAGCGCUCUGCCAUCAAGAGUGGGAAGUAAAGGAAUCAGGAAUUCUCGCACUCGGUGCAGUUGCUGAAGGUUGUAUGAAUGGCAUCACUCCUCAUCUACACGAACUUGUACCUUUUCUCCUCAAUAUGCUGGAUGACAAGAAACCUCUUGUCCGAUCGAUAACUUGUUGGACUUUGUCACGGUAUUGUUCGUGGGUAGUAGAUGAGGCGCGUCAGCAGUAUUUCGAACUCACUCUGAAAGGUCUUCUUGUGCGAGUCCUCGAUGGCAACAAACGUGUGCAGGAAGCGGCUUGCAGUGCAUUCGCAACGGUGGAGGAGGAGGGUGGAGAUUUCAUCGCACCUUACCUUUCGGAUAUCUUGCAGACAUUAGUGCAGGCUUUUGGAAUUUAUCAAGCGAAGAAUCUGCUGAUCUUGUACGAUGCUGUUGGGACUUUGGCAAAUUCGGUUGGUAGUGCUUUGAGUGAGCCCAUGUAUGUGCAGGUGCUUAUGCCCCCACUCAUGGAAAAAUGGCAGAGGCUUGGAAACGACGAUAAGGAGCUGUUUCCUCUUCUCGAGUGCGUAUCAUCGGUGGCAUCAGCCAUGGGUAUUGCCUUUUUGCCAUACUGCGAACCUGUGUACACGAGGUGCAUUACUCUAAUAACACAAUCUUUACGGCAAUCUGUUGAGGCACAGCAAAGACCAAAUGAAGUGGAAAUGCCGGAUAAGGAUUAUCUCAUCGUUGCCUUGGAUUUGUUGUCUGGUCUGGCAGAAAGUUUGGGUUCUCACAUCGAGCCGUUGGUUGGUCGUAAUGAAGUUCUGCAAUUAUUGUCAUUGUGUGCUGUGGACCCUACACCAGAAGUUCGGCAAAGUAGCUUUGCAUUGCUUGGAGAUCUCACAAAAGCUUGCUGGCAUCACAUUAAGCCUUACACUCAAACGUUCAUUCCUAUUUUGGCGAUGAACUUCGACCCAUCACAUAUUUCUGUGUGCAACAAUGCCAUUUGGGCUUUCGGUGAGAUGUCCCUCAAAAUGGGCGCUGAAAUGAAACAAUAUGUUUUAUCAAUACUACCUCAUCUUAUACGGGUAAUGAAUCAAAAGGAUGGUCAGCGAACCUUGUUGGAAAACACUGCGAUUACGAUUGGUCGUCUGGGAACGUACUGUGCAGAAGAAGUUGCUCCUCAUCUGGUAACUUUUAUAAGGCCUGCAUGCUUCAGCCUACGGAAUAUACGAGACAACGCGGAAAAAGAGAGUGCUUUCCGUGGCAUUUGUUACAUGAUCAACCUAAACCCUUCCGGAGUAGUGAAUGACUUUGUUUUCCUGUGUGAUGCGAUUGCCUCAUGGACAUCACCAAAACCUGAACUAAAGGAGAUGUUUUCACGGAUCCUCAACGGUUUUCGAACACAAGUCGGCAUCGAGAAUUGGACGGCGUUCACAUCGCAAUUUCCACCGCCACUACGAGAACGCCUUGCUGCACAAUACAAUGUUUGA